AUGCGAGGAAAUCGUAGCCGUAGAGGUGAUGGCCGUGGAGGAAUUGUCCGAAAUGUACCGCGCCCCUCACCGACCAUCCUACAAGUUACGGAUGCUUCUAUACCGGCCGCUUUAGCUGCGAAUUCCCUUGUUGCGCCUGCUAUUUCCUCAUUUGCUGCUGCUGAUCCAGAGGCUGGCGAGGCUGCUUUAUGGGAUAUCUGGAAUCAAGUGGUUGGAUACGCAUCGAAGACGCCAGUCCAUCAGCUUGAUAGAGUGGUAGAAGUCAUCGCAGCCGUGGCUGACCUAAAAGAGCCCGCUGAGUUUAAAAUCUGGGGCGAGAAAGUUACGUGGAAGCAACUUCCGUUGCUGGGGCCGGUUAUUCGAGAGUCGUGGGAUAAUGAGCAACAUGCAGAAUUGUUCAAUAUGAAUGCAUUCGCCGCUCGCCUUACAGCUGCUGAUCUGGUGGAUCUUUCCAUAUACGCAAUCUGGACGCUGCGUUCAGUGUUAGAGAACUCAGCAUCAAGCGAGAUUUACAGUAAAAGUGGAGACGAGGGGUGCAAAGCAGCUGCCGCAUGGUUCAUCUAUGCGGGUGAAAAUAUGUACGCGUUUUGUAAGGAGGGGAAAACAUACAAUGGUCGCGCUGCAGAACAGGGCAGCGAUGUUGUUGGCGAAGAAUGGAAUGGUUACAACGAAGGGAGAUGGAGGCUUUGGGUAGAGCGGCUAGAGGAGGUGCAGAAGGUUGUGGUAGACGAAGAUACGAAAAAGGUUUUACAACAAGCGAUCGAGGUGAUUCAAGAUGUUAGUAGCAGGUAG